UGCGACUGCAGAGCAGAGAGAAGAGACAGAAACGGACCAAACAUUCAUUUGUAGUGGGUAGAAAUAAUGUAUGUUGUUUUGUUUAUGAUUUACAAUGUAUACUCCAGAAAAUAAAACCAAAUCCUGCAAAACAUGCGGAGGUGAGAAGGACGACAGCAAUGGCCAGACAGGGGCUAUGCUCAACAUGUUGGCGGAGGUCGCCUCUCAGACUUUGCGACAGACGGAGACUGCUACCCCUGUUGUCAGGCGAAAGAGAUCAAAAGAAGCUUGUGGAAUGCCUCUUAAUCAAGCUAAAAUGCUGUCAGGAAACCAACUUGUGCGUACGUUCUCAAGGUUUGAGGGAGACGAGCUGAGGCGUACAUUUUCAUUCCAGUGCCUUCUGAUACCUAGGAAAUGCUGUGUUCGAUUUGAAAGUUUUGGUAGUGAAACCAAAGCUAGAAACCUAAUUAAGGACCAUUUGCUUUCCCAUUUAGACGAUCUUCCUGAAGGUGAGGUUUUACAAGUACCUAAACAGCAUGAAGAGAUUCCAGUCAAGAAACAAACUUACUAUGUUAAAAAUAAAAAGGUGAAAGCAAUAAAACCAGAGCCAAGACAAAUAAUUGAAACUACUGAAAUUCCUAUUGAGACAUGCCCUGAAAUAGUGAUAGAAUCCGAACCUCCAAUAGACGUACAUGUAGGACAGCCAUGCAACCCGAUAUCAAUGGCUUUGGCGAAGUGCUACGAGGAGCUUCAGACCCACGACAUUAACAACGCUGCAGAUCACGACUACUUCAAAGCUCCGGUACAAAGUGUGGACAUGACCACCAAUCAGGAGGAGUACACUGCUGUGGAGACCAUCUGGGUCAAAGCUGAGGAAGAGUACGAGUCUAACGGCAUCACUAACUAUGUAGUGGCCGUCGACGACAAUGAGGACAAUCCUAUGCUCUCUGUGAGUAAUGAAGUUGUUGUGAAAACUGAAAUUGUGGAUAGUGACUUUGUCUUUGAAGAAAUCCAACCGGAACAAUAUGUUGAUGAAUUUAUCACCAUAAAGACAGAACCUCCAGUAUUGCAAGAUAACCGGCUUCUGGAGGAUGGAAACUUUGAGGAGAACUGUGUGGAAAGAGACGAACACCGACAACAUAAGAAGCCGAAGGGAAAAGCCAAGUUCAUUGGCCAGUCUGCGGCGGAGAAGGAGAUGGCCGUACGCAUGAUCGAGAGUAUGAAGCUGCGGCAGGGCAGUAGCGAGCCUCUAGAGUGUCAGAUCUGUGUGCCUUCCCGAGUGUUCACUGCCCCCACCACUCUCAUCAGCCACUACCGCAGUCAUGCUGGCAUCAAACCGUACGAGUGUCACUUGUGUGGAGGAGUGUUCACUAGACAGCACAGUCUCAAUUACCAUCUGCUGAUCCACUCCAACAAGACUAGGUUUACCUGUUCAGACUGUGGUCGCAAGUUCCGACAUCCCUCACACUUCAAAGAGCACCAGCGGAGACACACUGGCGAGGCACCCUUUGAGUGCUCUGACUGUGUUAUCAGAUUCAAGACAAGGAAUACUUACAAAAGACACCUGAAGACACGUCAUGGCAAAGUGCUCACUCAGUCAGGUGGCAUUAUAAUUCUUUCUGAAGAAGAAUUCCGCAGAGUGCGAACUGCACCUCGAUCCUUGCAAGCCAGAGUUUCAAGCGACAAAGAGAAUAACCGAAGACCUCGUACUAAAGUUGUCAAUUUAAUACGCCGAAACAAACAGAAGAGGCCUGAGGAGGACGAAGAAAUCGGGGAUUUGUCUCAGAAGUUGAACUUGAGCGACACCUGGAACACCAAUCUCCUGGAGUCAGAGGUGAAUUUGGAGAAUGAGCCUCAGUUGGCCUUCCUACAGACUGUAGGUAGUGGACCAACCACAGUCAUGGUGCUGUCCACCGACAACAUACUCUACAACUCGGCAUAAGCAUCUGGCAGCGACUCCCACAAGUGAUCUUGGCUAUUGUCUGAUUAGUACUAAAUAAUCUUAAGUGAAACCAAAAACCAAUAGCCUAGUCGUUAUGUAUACCCACCUUUACAAUACAGUUUCACUAAAGCGUGUAGUUUCUAUUGAAAGGUGAUGUAUUAAAAUUAAGUUCCAAAUUAAUUCAGUUGAAAUCAGAAAAGAAAAAUGUACCGUCGUUAGUUGUUCUCAUUAUUUUUUUUGCAAUGUUUAAAUCUAGUUUUUGAUGUCUUCAUCAACAAGACGAUUAUCUUGUUUCACAUAGUAUACUAUUUUUAAAAACAAACAUCUAUAUUUUUUAAAAGUCUAAUAACAUAAAAUGCUCAAUCUAACUUUUCUAUGGAAUAAACUUUACUUACAAAAUUGAACUUUCAUUUAAUGAUUGAAUACUUAAAGUUUUAAGCCCCGUUUCAAUUUGUACGAACCCCUCAUGGAAUUUUUCUGAGGAAGGUGCUCAGGGAAUUAUCUGUAUCUUACAACAUGUUUGUGCCACUUUUUUAAAUGGGAAUGGGGCUUUUGUAGGAUUCUAGAAUAAGAGUUAGCUAUGUGUAAUAAUUCUUUUUUAAAGGUUUUAUGAAAUUUUAUUUUAGUUAAAAAAGAAUAAUGUGACUCUUGAAAUGUGUAUCCAAGAUUGUUUCAAUUGAUAUAACUUGUACAUUGUAGGUCUAUUAACAUUACAGUAAAACUAUUAACUUGUGAUAUCCACAUAAUCCACAAACAUAAUUGCAAAAGCAUUUGACAUUAUUAUAUUGAUACUGGUCAAUCUGGUUGGAUACAUGUCAUAACAAAUGUAACAUUAAACUAGGCUCAUUAGGUAGUCUUCCUUUUAUUUUUUCAAGAUGUAAUGUACAAAUAUUAUCUUCCUCACACAACACAGUAGGUAGGUUUCUGUAUUCUUUGUAGAUGAUUUUUACGUUUAUGGUGUCAUUUCAAAGCUUAUCAUCUAGCGGAGGAACAAAGCGUAACUUAUUCCCCCUAUCGUUUUAAUUAUUUCUAAAUUUGCUUUAAAAGAUCUAGCGAUGCUAAUUGAGUAGUCAACUUUUUUAUAAUUAUUGUUACAUUAUUAAGUUAGGUAAAUUACUCUUUGGCGCAGUUCUAAAACCAUAUCAUUUUAUUUAUUGUAAACUAGUAGUUAUAUUUACCUAAUAGGCCAAAUUUUCAUAAUAUAAGCUUUGAAAGCUAGGCGGUUAGUCCUGUUAAAUAAUUUUGUUUGCCUCGGAAGUUUUAAAUCCUGUUCAGAUGAACAAUUAGCACACAGAUCCCCUCGUAUUUCUGACACUCUCAUUAUGCAGUUAUUGGCUCAUACUGAGGAGAUGGGUGUGAAGUAUUUGACAUAUUAUUGUAAACAAAGCCACGAGUCACAUUUUUCUUGUUCAAAUUCAAUCUCGUAGUUAACUAUGGUCUGGUAAGUGUUUUUUUUUUCAGAAAUUAAAAUAUGAUUUUAUGUCAAGUUUGGCUAGUUUUGUUUUUAUUAUUAUUAUUAUAAGUAUUAACUUUAAUAAGGUUUGUUCUAUUAAUUUAAUUUAUUUAAAAUAUUAAUUUUCUGAGACAUAAUAGACUGAACACUUUUCGUGUGUGAGUGAUGUAUUUUCUAUGCAUUUGUGGUAUUUCAAUGAAACAUGAGUCGUCUCCAGUCAGGAGACUCUUGUCGGCCUAUCAACACCUUCACCGACCUUCCUGUCUUCCUACUCAAAUUUUCUUCCCCAUUUUAUAGAGGGCUUUUUUACUUUUAUAGUCUUUGAUAUUUUUGUAUUUCCCUUAAGUGGGCUUAGCUUUGUACGUAUUUUUGCAAUAAUAGUAAUAGAUUUGUAAAAAGGUAAUAGAUUAGGCGUUAACUCUCAGUAGAUUGUUGAUCUAGCUUUACAGCAAAAGCCUAUUUGUGACAGUACUAGAUACAGAUGAAUCAAUAUUGAUCUCUAUUUGAAUUUCUAUUUAAAUAAUCCGAUAAGAGGCAUUUCAAGUUUAUGAUAAUUUUAUACUGAACCUCUAGAUAAUAGUUGGUGAAUAUCAGAUGCCUUUACUAAUUAUGAAAUCAAAUUUUAAAUAAACUAGCUCACUUUGUAUUCUUAGAUUUUUUUUACAGAAGUAUUAUUUUGAUCUCCAUUUUAUGUACCUACUUAUGUGAAUACACAGUUAAGUGGAUUUUAUUUUUUUCUUACAGACAUUAAUCCUGAGUAAAAAAUACUGUCUAAAAAAAUGGAGAUGUCAAUAAAUUUGAUUGUGUAAAAUUUCAGUUUGGUCUCGGUAUUUCCUUUUAAGGUUACAUUCUGAUUUCAAUCUUCAUUCACGAAGGAAACUCAAAACAAGUUAAAGAAUUUGUAUGCUUUCUGGAGUUUAUCUCAUUAAAGUGUAUUUCACUUAAUUAUACAUUCCUUUACAUUCCGAAAGUGACACUUAAUACCUAAUAUCAUGAUGCUUUUAAAAAUCAAUUAUGAUUAAGCUCAAAUGUUGUAUCAUAUGAUGGUCUGUUGUUCGUAAGAGAAAUAAGGACUCCCGUUUAUUUUUCUGUUGGUUGUAUACUUCCAAAGAAAAGUCUUAAAAAUACCAAAUAGUCUAAGGUAACAAGUGUAUUGACCGUAAAUUCUUAAUCUCCAGUGUAAGUUUGGAAUAUUGAUGUAGAUAAAUGUUCACAACUUCUUUAAGAAAACAAUUUUUUUGUUGAAAAUACUGAAAAACUGUUGGAAACAUCAAAAUGUUUUCAACAUAAAAACUUCCAUUUUUUGGAUUGUUGUAAUCGUUUGUUUAAAAUAUCUGUGGCCAACUACGGUGUAAACACAGCAUAAUGGCUAAAUGCCUUUGAUUUACUUUAAAACAGACUGCUUGUGUCUGUCAAAAUUUAAAAAUGGACAUGUUUAUACUAGAAAUACAAUACAUCCCAAUAGUUAAAUUACUUAAUUUUACUGGUAAACAACAAAACCCAGGGAAAUGGUGAGCAUUACCAAGGGUUACAGACCAUCAUGUGUUACUUACUAAUUAAUAAUUAUUAGCCUCGUAAGUAUUGUGUGUUCAAAGCAUUCAUUGUAAUAGAUUAAUCUUUUAACUCUAAUUCAUUCAAACUACCGUAACAUUAUGGAUUGCUGCAGAACUAUUCAAUGAGAAGUGUUUUAUGUUCUAGUUGAACAUAUCAAUUGCUGUAUAAAGAGUUAAGAUCAGUUACAUUUCUGUACUUCAACGGUCUUGGAGUUCAUUUUGAUAUUGGCAUCAGACAGUUCAUGUGUUUAACUGUUUAUAGUAUGUCUGAUCUGAUCUCUCUCUUUCACAAUUUUGUGGCAUUCUUUUGUUUCAAGUCCUCGUAUUUGAGCUACUUAUACAUUUUGUAGACGGGCAUUACAAAUUUGAGUUUGGAUUCGUAUCAUAAACUAUGAAGGGAGUAUUUUUAUAUAAAAGGUGAAAUAUUGCAAACGUAAGACUGACUGGUGUCUGAUCAGUAGCCUAAGUGUACUUGUAGUAUUUGGAGAGGUUAGAGAAGAAUGUUUCAGUUCAUCAACAUUAACAAUCAUCUAGAACAUGUAUAUAGUGUAUAUAGAACUAUUUUACCGUAACACUUAUUGCAGUACUAUUGUUAGUUUUUAAGUAAUUAUUACUCAAUAAAAUUUACAUAAGGUUUUUUUUUACUUUUCUAAUAAAAGUAAAGUUUUUAUUUGUAAACCACUAUAUACAUUUUAAAGAUAUACUAUUUUCUAAGGCUACAUAUAAGCUGAGAGAAUCUUUGACAAUAGUACAUAGACUUGUCCUGGCCAUUGGUUAUAUACCGGUACAAUAUGCUAGAACUAGAAAUCAUAUAUUUUUUAAUGCAACAUCAAGACUGAUGCUUUAUUUACUAAGGACGAUAAAUAAUAUUUUCUUAUUGUGUACUUAAAGCCCAAGUAGAUUAAAAGAAAUUGGUAUGUAAUCAAUUGUAUGAAACACUUUUUUGCAGUGUUGAAUACUAAUUUCGUAUUGCAAAUUUUAUUUUACAAUUAUGAUUCCAUUUCAUAGUGUUACUCUAAGUUGAAUCGGACUGUAAAGAUUUCCAUCCUAAAGUUUUUGAAAAGUAACAGCUAGGGAUGAAUUUACAAUCUAUAUAUAUAUAUUUUUUAAGCUCAUUUAAUAAAUAGUUCCUGUUCCUACUAGCUACUCUUCAAUGAAACUAAUGGUCAAUAUUGCCUUUUUUUGUCAACAAGAAAAAGUUGAAUCCAAACAAUGUAUUUAAAUCUUUGAAUAUCACGGAGCUAAAUAAAGUUUUGCCUUGUAACUGUUGCAAAUACAUUUCAUAAUACUUUUAUUAAAUGGUAAUGAAGGUUCUUAAAAUUACAAAACAUUUUGUAGUCUCAAAUCAAUUGGACCGACUAAUUAUUAAGCUGAGUGCUGAGUGAAAAAAAUGUCUUUGACUAUAUCACUUGAGGUUUUGGGAAAAUGCAUUGACCAACAAGGGUUAUUUGUAGUCCAGUCUAUUUUAUCAAAACACUGUAACAAAUCUUAAUGAAUUUAAGAAAAUCUCUUGUUCAAUGAAAUUUCUAACAGGUUGUUUUACAUUAUUAAACAUCUAAAUACUGUAUCUUCAUAACCUAAAAAUAGCCAAGUGACGAGUGAUGAUCCAGUUUUCAUGCCUUGUAGGGUAUAAAUAUAUUUGUAUCAUAUUUUUUCUAAUUAUGGGUGAAAUCAAAUUUGGAACCGUUAAAAUCUUUAUUAUCUUUUAAAAAUCGCCAUGCCUCGUAACUUAAUUAAGUUUUUAAGUUUGUAACCACCCAUCAAACUUGUCCUCACGUUUUUGUAAAAAUAUCUCCAUGAUAGACAAUGCUCAUCAAUAGUUAAAUAUUUUGUUGUUAUUCUCAUACCCUGGCAUUUAUUCCAAAAUAUUCAGACAUUUCAGAUAAUUUUUGGUCCAAUUCUGUCUAAUUUUUGUAGAUAAAACAAAGACUCGAUCUGUUACUCAUACCCUGUAUAACAUAUCCACUUUUUAUAAAUAGUUAAUUGAUUGAUAAUGCUUGGGUCAGUAUUAUCUGUGAGUAUUGCAAGAACUAAUUGUCAUAUAAGACUGUCUUGAGAGCUGUAAGAGGACCCUUGAAAGUUAUUACGGCCUCAGGUGUGUCAGGGUAAUUGUGAUAGGUUUCACUGUUAGUUUAUGAAUUGAUUCUCAUCAAGUAUGAAGGACCAAAUACCAUAUAACAAUACUACUUCUAAAAUAUUUGUUUGCUCUCAAGAAAAGUUAAUGAUGGUUAAAAUGUUUAAAAUAAGAAAAUCCAGUAGUCAUCAUUAAACAAUAGUUUUUUUUAGUAAUUCUGACUAGAUCAGUUAGUCUAAAGUUGCGUAGACACUGGAGAUAAAAACUUUAAUGCCAUGUGGUCAAAAAAGAUCAAAAUAUUUUGUUCUAAACUAUCAUGUAAUAAACACGGCUGUAGUCACUAAUAAGGUUAUACAAGGAGUUUUGUUGUAUGCUUCUUUCAUCCUUAACUCAGCUUUAGAUAUACAGUGGAACGUCAUAAGUCCGAACCAAUUGGGACCGUAGAUAGUUCAGAUUACCGAUUUGUUCGGAUUUUCAAACAUAACCUAGAAAUGCCUAUAAUAGAGACAUAAUUAGGCCUACAGUAUUAAAAAAUAAAAAUACAGUUCUAGGAUACAGUAGGCCUAAAUAAAAUAAAAACAGUGGUUUUUGUACUUAGGUAUUUUUGGUACAUUACCUUUAAGCCGACUGUUUUGCCUGCGAAAUUGUAAAACAUCUGUUGUCUCAGUGCUAUUUAAAUAUUUUAAACCCUCAGGAGCGGUUAGGAUUUUUGAUGUUCAUAUUUUCGACGCUCUACUGUACAUCCGUAUGUAUGUCACCAAAACUUAAUUUGAAAGCAGAAUUUCUCUAUAGCAAACUCUACCAGCAAUCACCCCUAACAAAGUUGUUGAAACAUGACAGAAAAGAAGGAAUUAAAUGGAGGUGGGAAAAUGUCUUAGUUCCGGUUGUUUUAGUUGUUACGGAUCAAGCACUGUGUGUUUCUAUCUUAAAUAUGCUACGAAUUAUGAUGACUGAAAUGGGUGUAUUUAAUACUAUUAUUAAUUCGCAUGGAAGGGAAACCCAUAUUAAUAGCCCACCGAAAAGGAUGGCCUAGUACACAAUGCAAAAACUAGAGGUUUGAACCAGCCAAAAGGCUCCGUCUUCCAUCCUCAACACAUUUAAAGUUAAGUUGAUAAAAUAUUAUUAUGUAUUUGAACCCUAAGGAAACAAUAACUAUGAACGUUUUAUGGACUACUAAGAUUUUGUAAAUCCUUGAAAAUAAAAACACAUGCUAAUCAAAAUUGAGGAGAUUGUUAGGCAAGUUAUUGCAUAAAUUAUUGUAAAGGACGUUUUGUUUACGUAAGUACUGUAUAGUUGGUAAAACCUAAUAACACUAUAUUUAAUAACUCUUAAGAUUAAGUUAAAAUGAAAAACUACAUAACAAAUACCUACCCGAUUUGAAAAAAAAAUCUUAACCCAUCCUAUUGUAAUUGGUAUAAUAACAUUUAAUAAGCAGAAACCGUUCAAUUCCCUGUGAUCUUUUGUAGAUAAUAAAAAUUAUACAUUAAACAUCCUUUUUGUAGGAAAAAUCAUAUUUAAUGUUUUCUACUGUUAGUGUUAAAUGUAUACUUUUAUAUCACUAUUUUAUACUAAAAUAA